CUUUUUCAAAUGGAAGAAGCCUUAUAGCUCCCACCCCCCGAAGCCUUGCUCCAAUGCUGUGUGUUGUAAACUGCUGUUUUUCAGUUUUUCACUGUUAUUACUUUCACAAGGUUCCAGGAGCUUACUAGGGUCUCCAACCUUAGCUCUGAGUGACUAAGGCGGAGCAAGAUAAAGGUCUAGCGUGGAAUCAGCUGAGCUGAAAGUUCUAAAUGGAACUUUGGUGGGCAGGUGUUCUAUGUCAGAACCAAUGGAGCUCUCAAAACUUGAAGCAGAUGAGGCAGAAAGUCUCAUGGCAGAAUGGAGGGAUUUAUUAACACCACACCUUCUUGCCCUGGGCCCAUAUAUUUCUUUGAUCAGUUAAAACCUAAAGUAAGAAGAUGGAAAAAGGAAACACAGAAAGACCCAUUCUUGGACCCAAAGGCGAAGGAUGACGUUGAAGAUCUAGUACAGAACCUGGAGCAUCUCAGUCACAAACUUGAACCAUUGACAGAACCAGAACCAACGGAUGCCCAAGAGAACACAGCUAUACCUGUAGAAGAAGACAAGUCCAGCACACUCAUCCUCUCAGAACCUCCUAGUACUCACAAGAGUCCUUUGGAUUCCCAAUUCUCCAAAACCUACUUGUAUAAGACCCUCUUUGAAGAGUACAAAGUCAUCGCUUCCGAAAUACUCUACGAACUCGAGAAGACAUUGAAGAAGUAUGCUCAGGAUGGCACAGCUUUCCCUGUGGGACUCCUCAAUCUCAUGACUUACAGCUGGCAAGAUCUGAUUGAAGACUCUUUUAAGGACGAACCCCCAAACAAUACGCCGGGACAAGACGGGGACGUGGGAGGGGGGCCCACCUCCAUGACCACCUUCAAGUGCAAGGAGGGCAAGGUCAACCCAGAUGCAAAGGAACACCUACAAGAGGAAAGUCAACUGGUUAAAGCGGAAAAACGCUCUCAGGUGGUGCUGAACAAAUCUUCAGAAAAAGCACCUUUCCCCAGUUACACCCAGUUAUCCCGCCAGACCACCCCAGGAAGCAGCAUCCCUUCUGUCAUUCACUUCUCGCUAACAUCCAAGAUCUGCUUCGAAAAUGGUUGGAUUUCCUGCACGAAACCGGACCUUCUGAAAUUGAAGGCGGACCUCAAGAGAGCUGUGAAGAGAUUGCAGACCACCACAGUUCAAAUGUAGGGGCCUCCUUCCAUCCUUACAGUAACGUACUUGUGUGAGGUUUAUCCCAUGGUCAGCAAAAAGGGCCUGUGGCACUCGGCAAGGUCACAUGGUCACCACGUCACACUGCCAUUAGAUCUAUAACGCACAAUCGUGUUCCAAAAUGUAGAGAAGAAAGAGGGAGGGAAAGAGGACGCCAAAGAAAUGAAAGGCAGCUAGGAUAUUAUUUUAUAGUUUUUAUAAAAAAUGCGACAACCACCUAAAAGGGAGUUGUCAUCGACCACGGGACCCUGAACAUCUCAGGACAGUAACAAUCAAUAGGGGACAGAGCUAACCCUUAGGAGCCUGAGAUAAUGGCUGGCACAAAUGACAAUUACUUUGUUCUAGAAAGUGGGCCUGAUGCUUGGCACGCGCCACCCACACUGCUCCCCGAAGCCCUAGGAGAGAGGUUUAUAAUCGUCUCUCUCUUGAUGAUGAGGAAGUUAACUCACCCCACGGUGUGGCAAUCUGCCCGCCACCUUAUGCUGCAAAUAGGCAGAGUCAGACAGAAAACCUGAGCUCCGAAUGUUUUCGGGCAUGUUCCUCGCCUGAUCUCUGUUACAAGUGACCCUGGGGUAGACUACAAAUGUAACAUGUGCCCAGUGUUUAGUUCGGUUUUGUUUUAAAUUUGAAGUGUAAGAUGGAAAUUAAAAACAUGAUCUUUCUA